AUGGAUUUACUUUUCAAGGGUCAGUACUCAAUGGAUUUACUUUUCAAGGGUCAGUACUCAAUGGAUUUACUUUUCAAGGGUCAGUACUCAAUGGACUUACUUUUCAAGGGUCAGUACUCAAUGGACUUACUUUUCAAGGGUCAGUACUCAAUGGACUUAUUUUUCAAGGGUCAGUACUCAAUGGACUUACUUUUCAAGGGUCAGUACUCAAUGGACUUACUUUUCAAGGGUCAGUACUCAAUGGACUUACUUUUCAAGGGUCAGUACUCAAUGGACUUAUUUUUCAAGAGUCAGUACUCAAUGGACUUACUUUUCAAGGGUCAGUACUCAAUGGAUUUACUUUUCAAGAGUCAGUACUCAAUGGACUUACUUUUCAAGGGUCAGUACUCAAUGGACUUACUGUUCAAGGGUCAGUACUCAAUGGACUUACUUUUCAAGGGUCAGUACUCAAUGGACUUAUUUUUCAAGAGUCAGUACUCAAUGGACUUACUUUUCAAGGGUCAGUACUCAAUGGAUUUACUUUUCAAGAGUCAGUACUCAAUGGAUUUACCUUUCAAUGGUCAGUACUCAAUGGAUUUACCUUUCAAUGGUCAGUACUCAAUGGAUUUACCUUUCAAUGGUCAGUACUCAAUGGAUUUACUUUUCAAGGCUCAGUACUCAAUGGACUUACUUUUCAAGGGUCAGUACUCAAUGGACUUACUUUUCAAGGGUCAGUACUCAACAGACUUACUUUUCAAGGGUCAGAACUCAAUGGAUUUACUUUUCAAGA